CAACGUUUUUUAGUCACAAAUUGAACGGCCGGCAGUUGUCAAAACAUUUUAAAUUUUCAAAUUUUCUGAUAGUCCAACACAAUCCAAAAAUAUUUUCUAAGCCGAAAAACUAAAGAAUUUUAGAUUUAUUUGCUUCUAAAAUGUUGCGCCAACUAAGGUUGACAAUGGAUAUUUUGGGUUGGAUAUUCCUCCCGUGGAGACGUUCGAUAUCCAACAUUAAGGAUUCUCCUCCGCCGCCGCCUCUGGCCAGCACUUUCGACGACGUGAUUGUGGACUACGAGGACCCGGACUAUCUCCCACUGCCGGAGUAUCCGGUGCGUCCCAAUGAGCCAUUGGAAACCCGCAAACAGCGGCUUCUGUAUCAAUCGCGCAAGCGCGGGAUGCUGGAGAACGAUCUUCUGCUGAGCACCUUUGCGGCCAAGCAUCUCCAGAACUUCAGUGCCGAACAGACGGCGCAGUACGAUCAGUUAAUAAACGGGGUUAGUAACGACUGGGACAUAUAUUACUGGGCCACCGAUGUCAAGCCCACACCCAAGGAGUACGACACGGAGAUCAUGAGGCUGUUAAAGAAGCACGUCAAGAACGCUGAAGGGGUCACGCGUCUCCGCCAGCCGGAUUUAAAUACUUAGUCAUGCAGUACUUUGAAGUUGAAGUGAUCCAGGAGAUCAUAACCUUAACACAAUAGCCAAAACGCAAAUAUUUUUGUUUAGAAUAUCGAAUAUACUGGGACCUAAGCUCCUAUAGAAAAAAAAGUGGAACAUUUAAAAUCUAAA